AUGGGAAGCCUCUGCCAGCAGCGGGGAACGCGGGAUGCCAGGUCACCGAGGGUGACACGGGCUGACCGCAGGGCUUCAUCCCACCCGGAGAGUGGCAGGUACAGCCCAGCCCCCGCUGUGCUGCCUGCCGCGCUCAGGGAGCCCCAGCCCAGCCUGGCAGCGGCCGUGUGCCGAGGCCGCCGACACCUCCCACCUCUCCGUGAACGCGCCUAUUUACGAGACUGCGUGUGCGUGGGGGAGCAGGGGCAGGUGUUGGGCGCUCAGCUUCGGAGGGAGGCUGGUCUCGCGUGGCCCCGCCGCCCGGCCAGGGCUCCCCGGGAGCGCCGAGGGGAUCCCCGGGGCUCCCAGAGUGCUCGGCCCGGAGAUGCCGGGGGGUCGCAUGGUGCCGGGGCCGCGGGAACGUUCCCGGGAUGCCUGCGGGUGCCCGCCCCGGGGCCGGAGGCACCGCUCCGCCCCGCCCCGCUCGCAGCGGAAGCGCCACGUCAGGGGGGCGGGACGGGGACGGGGCCGGGGCCGGUGCGGAGCGCUGCCGGUGCCGGUGCCGGGUUCGGUGCGGGGCUCGGUGCGGGUUCGGUGCGGGGCUCGGUGUGGGUGGCGAUGCCGGGCUCGGUGCCGGUGCCGGGCGCGCUGCGGGGCGCGCUGCGGACGCUGUGCGUGGCCGUGCUGCUGGGCGCGCUGCGGGCCGGGGGCACGGAGCUGACGCUGGAGCUGCCCGACAGCGCCCAGCGCUGCUUCCACCAGGAGCUGGAGAGCGGCGUCAAAUUCACCCUCGACUAUCAGGUGAUCAGCGGAGGACACUAUGAUGUGGACUGCUAUGUGGAGGACCCCAAUGGCAAGACCAUCUACCAGGAGACCAAGAAGCAGUACGACAGCUUCUCGCACCACGCCGACGUCAAGGGUGUCUACACCUUCUGCUUCGGCAACGAGUUCUCCACCUUCUCCCACAAAAUUGUCUACUUUGACUUCCAGGUGGGCGAUGAGCCGCCCAUCCUGCCCGACAUGAACAACCGUGUCACCGCCCUGACACAGAUGGAAUCGGCCUGUGUCACCAUCCACGAGAUGCUGAACUCGGUGAUCGACUCCCAGACCCACUACCGGCUGCGGGAGGCGCAGGACCGGAGCAGGGCCGAGGAGCUCAAUGGACGCGUCUCCUACUGGUCGGUGGGGGAAACUCUCAUCCUCUUCGUGGUCAGCAUCGGGCAGGUGAUGCUGCUCAAGAGCUUCUUCACUGAGAAGAGACCCAGCAGCGGCGGAGCUGGCAGCUAGAGCUGCUGUGUCUGUGCCUGAGUGGAGCGGGGAGCGGGACGGCAGCGGCCCUGGGGUCGCACUUUGCCUCCGAUCUGUGCUGCGGGCAGGCAGGGCUGGGAGCAGGGGCUGACGUGGCACUGUUGAGCUGGGUGGCAGUCACCAAGUGCAGGCGUCCCCGGCAUCACCUCCCACUUGCCCGACCUACCCCAUCCCCUUGCCCUGUCCCUGUUCUCUGGCUCCACUGGGAAGGCGGUGGGACCAGCACCAGCAUCACCGGGGCACCCUCGUGACUGCGGCGAGCACGCGCUGCCCCUUGAAGCCCCGUGCAGCCCCCGCGGGGAUGGGGCAGCACUGGCACCCACCCAGGGCCGUCAGCCACCCAGGGACAGCUGCCCGGGGGCUGGGGGUCUCUGCCUGCACCCUACUUGUCCUGUGCAGGCAGGGUGCACCCAGCAGCGGGGCCACAACAACAGCAGCAUCCAGCAAGGGAAGGGUUUUUGCUGGGUGAUAUGUGGCUCUAGAAGCUCCUCCCCUCGCAGCAUUCCUCAGGCUGACAGCAGGUGGUGUGCCUGUACCGUGUGGUAUUUUCGUACUCACACGAGUCAGUGCCUGAGACUCCGCCCCCUCACGCAUUCCCCGCCCUGCGGAUUUGUGCCAAGGAAGCCCCGUCCCUGCCCCAGAGGCACGGAGGACCCGCCCACACCUGGGACUGCAGCCCCUCAUUCCCUGGAGCCCCACAGAAUGGAGACCCCCACAAGAGCCUGGGGUGAUGCCCCUGUGUAAGACUCCUGGAGUGACUGGUGUGCUGGCCCUCCAGCCCUCAAGCAGGUGUGAGAUCAUUUUCCAGAGCUGAAGCAACUCUGCUAGACCUUUCCUUUGCCACAUUCAAAUAAAUCCCUGCAAGCAUG